AUGGCGGCCAUGAGUCUUUUGCAUCGGGCUUCGGUUUCUGCAGUGGCCGCUCUGUCCGGCCGCCGUCUUGGCACUCGACUUGGAUUCGGAGGCUUCCUCACCCGUGACCUCCCGAAGACUGUCGCUCCUGUACGACACAGUGGAGACCAUGGGAAAAGACUGUUUAUCAUCAAGCCUUCCGGAUUCUAUGACAAACGUUUUUUGAAAUUACUGAGAUUCUACAUUUUGUUGACUGGGAUUCCAGUAGCAAUUGGCAUAACUUUGAUAAAUGUAUUCAUUGGUGAAGCUGAGUUAGCAGAAAUUCCAGAAGGCUAUGUCCCAGAACACUGGGAAUAUUUCAAGCAUCCUAUAUCAAGAUGGAUUGCCCGAACUUUCUUUGAUGCUCCUGAAAAGAAUUAUGAAAGAACAAUGGCUAUCCUUCAAAUUGAAGCUGAAAAGGCUGAAUUACGAUUAAAGGAGCUGGAAGUACGAAGAUUAAUGCGAGCAAGAGGCGAUGGCCCCUGGUUUCAGUAUCCGACCAUCGAUAAGGCACUUGUUGAUCGUUCUCCAAAAGCAACACCUGACAACUAA